GAAGUCCCUGAAGAAGAAUAGUUCUCUCGAUUUUUACAUCUCCGAUUUCUCUUUAAUUAACAUGUUCAAUAAUCAAGAUUUCAUGGAACUAGGAUGGAGAAACGACGUCGGAUCAUUUGCUGUGAAAGAUCAUGAUAUAGAAGAAAUGGUAGGAAGUGAUGAAGAUCGUCUAAUUCACGGCUUAAAAUGGAGCUACGACAACUACUUUGAUCAUGAUCAAACAGAUAAUUAUCUCCAACUUGUUCCAGAGAUUCAUAAAGUAGAAGAAGAAGUACCUAAGACAGAUUUGUUGGUUGCUGUCCCUGAUGAACAUUCUGAAACUGGUGAUAAUCAUGAUCAUAUUUCAGAUAAUCGAUAUUAUUUGAGAAACAAACAUGAGAAACCAAAACGGCGUCGUAUCCAGGUCUUCAGUGAUGAGGAAUCAGAUGGGUUUACUAGAGAAGUUCCUUCAGUGACACGAAAAGGUUCCAACAGAAGAAGAAGCGAGGAGAUGUGUAAUAAGAUGCGUACGCUACAGCAACUUGUACCUGAUUGUCACAAGACGGACGAGGUUUCAGUUCUCGAUAAUGCCAUUGAGUAUAUGAAAAGUCUUCAGCUUCAAUUCAAGGUGAUGUCAAUGAUGGGGAUGAAUCCUUAUUUUCCUCCGGCUAUAUUAGACUUUGGAAUGAACAACCACCACCAGUUGACUGCGAUGGCUGUGGCACGGCAAAAUGUGGCGAAUCAAAUGAUGUCGUCACAGUUGAUUCCGGCGUCAAAUUGGCCAUUACCACCGUUUACUAAUUUUCCAUUCCCACACUCACCUAAUCAACCUCUCUUUCUUACAACAACACCACCAGCUUCUUCUCCUCAAUGCCUUCACGCCAUGAUGAAUUUGAGAAUUUCUAUUAUCAUUGUGUUAUCUUGCAUUAUCACUUCAACUCGUGCAUACGAUCCCGACGCUCUUCAAGAUCUUUGCGUUGCCGAUAAAUCUCACGGAACCAAACUGAAUGGAUUUGCAUGCAAGGAAACAUCAAACAUCACGGCGUCCGAUUUCUUCUUCGCCGGAAUCUCAAAACCCGCCGCCAUAAACUCCACAAUGGGUUCCGCCGUAACAGGAGCCAACGUGGAGAAGAUCCCAGGCCUCAACACUCUCUCCGUCUCCUUAGCACGUAUAGACUACGCGCCUGGUGGUUUAAACCCACCGCACACUCACCCACGCGCCACCGAAGUCGUCUACGUCCUCGAAGGAGAGCUUGAAGUUGGAUUUAUCACCACAGCGAAUAAGCUUUUCUCUAAAACCAUAAAGAUUGGUGAAGUUUUCGUUUUUCCAAGAGGGCUUGUGCAUUUUCAGAAGAACAAUGGGAAAUCUCCGGCGUCGGUUUUGUCGGCGUUUAAUAGUCAGUUGCCGGGAACGGUUUCCGUUGCGGCAACCCUAUUUGCGGCGGAUCCUGCUUUGCCGGAAGAUGUGUUGACUAAGACUUUUCAGUUUCUGUCUGCGAUGCCACCGAAGAGAAAUUUCAGGAAGCGUAGCUUCGAGGAGGAAGAAGAAGAUAAUGAUGUAAACAAAGCCGCAAUUUCAGAUGAAGAAGAGAAGCGAAGAUUGGCGUUGGAGGAGGUGAAGUUUCUGCAGAAGCUGAGAGAGAGAAAAUUAGGGAUCCCAGCUUUAUCUACGGCGCAAUCUAGCAUCGGAAAAGCGAAACCUGUGGAGAAAACUGAAGCUGAAGGAGAGAAAGAGGAGCUUGUGUUGCAAGAUACUUUUGCUCAAGAGACUGCUGUUUUGAUUGAAGAUCCCAACAUGGUAAAGUACAUUGAACAAGAAUUGGCGAAGAAAAGGGGAAGAAAUAUUGAUGAUGCAGAGGAAGUUGAGAACGAAUUGAAGCGAGUGGAAGAUGAGUUGUAUAAGAUACCUGAUCAUCUUAAAGUUAAGAAGCGGAGCUCGGAAGAGAGCUCAACGCAGUGGACUACCGGAAUAGCAGAAGUCCAACUCCCAAUCGAAUACAAGCUGAAGAACAUUGAAGAAACAGAAGCUGCCAAGAAGCUUUUGCAAGAGAGGAGGCUUAUGGGUCGGCCAAAAUCAGAGUUUAGCAUUCCGUCUAGUUACAGUGCGGAUUACUUCCAACGCGGGAAAGAUUAUGCUGAGAAGCUUAGAAGAGAGCAUCCUGAGCUAUACAAAGAUAGAGGAGGACCUCAAGCGGAUGGUGAAGGAGCUAAACCGUCUACUAGCACUAGUAAUAAUAAUAAUGCUGAUUCAGGGAAAAGUAGACAAGCAGCAACUGAUCAAAUCAUGUUGGAACGGUUUCGCAAGAGAGAGCGUAACCGUGUUAUGCGGAGAUAAAAGUAAAAACAUGUUUGCAGACUUCAUCCUCUGACCGGGUAACACUCUUUUGAAUGUUAGAUUUAUGUUGUACUGGAAUUCUGUAACAUUUCAUUAAAGAAAACAAAUCUUCAUUGACAUUGUCCAUAGUAAAAGUGUGUUUUCAGA